AUGUCUGACAAAGAAGCUUUGAAGAUCUUCUCCAGAAAACCUGUUUCUGAUGACAUGAUUGAAUUUCUUGUGGCUACUACAAAUUCUACCAUUCAAGUCAAAUCGUCUUCUGCUCCUACAUAUUCAAAAGUAGAUGGAUCUCGGAUGGAUGUUAUGGUAACUUCAGUUCCUCGUGGUUAUGUUAGCUUGACUACAUUCAUUAAGAACCUUAUCAAACACUCUAACGUUCAAACCCCUACAUUAAUGGCUACUUUGGUUUACCUCAAUAAAGUGAGAAAUAUCUUACCAGCCAACGCUGUUGGUAUGGAGACUACACGUCACCGUAUCUUUUUAGCAUCUUUAAUUCUUGCUGCCAAGUCUUUGAAUGAUUCAAGUCCAUUAAAUAAGCACUGGACUGCUUACACUGAUGGACUUCUUAGCAACCAAGAAGUUAACUUAGCCGAACGUGAAUUAAUCAGCUUGUUGAAAUGGGAUAUUAACAUUAAGGAACGCGAAUUGCUUGUUGCCUUACAACCAUUCUUAUCUGUAAUCAAAGAUCAAUUGCUGGCAAAGUUGCAAAGAGAAACAAUGGAGAAGGCGAACUACUACAGGAUGUCCCAUAUGUCAUCAUCAUCUUCAAACCCUACAUCCAGAUCUUCGUCUAUCAACUCGUUGGCUUCCUAUAGCUCACAAUUAUCGUUAUCAAACUCUUUGUCUUCGCACUCUUUACGCAGUCAACCAUCUUGUCACGAUUUAUACAAUAAUGGCGUUGGUAACUCAAAGAGAACACCAUUGGGCUCUAAAUCACUCAAUACAAUUUCAAAGCAACCAAUUCGAGUCAAGAGAUCUCUCUCUAGUGACUUCAAUCUUGCUGAAGCAGGCCAGAUUUUGGUUUGA